CUCUGAGACAGUCUCCGCUGUGCACGGCUCCGAGUGAGUCUGUUCUCAGCUGAAGUGCAGACCGGUGAAAAACAGUGAGCGGAUAGUUGGCUGCUGAUCUUCUGCUGAUGUGAGCUUACCAACAACUGUUGCCUGAUAGUCGUUAACGCCUCGAUGGAGCUCAUCCAGUUUGCUUUGCUGCCUCAGGAAGUCCCUACAGCUACCUGGAGCAACAGCUCUGCCCCCUCCUACUCUCAUUUCCUGCUCCUUUCUACUCCCUCUGAACCGCUUCACAGCUUCAACCAAGAUGACACUUCGUUUCUCCUUAACAGCUCCUGUCAAAAUUGCACCAAAAGUAAACCAGGAUCCCUCCCUGGCUUGGCUGGAAUCUUCAUCCCACUCAUUUAUGGCAUCGUUUGUGUCGUUGGCUUGGUGGGAAACACUCUGGUCAUCCAUGUUGUCGUCAACUACACAAAACACGAGUCAGUCACAAACAUCUACAUCCUCAAUCUAGCCAUUGCAGAUGAGCUUUUUAUGCUGGGCCUACCCUUCUUGGCGGUACAGAACGCUUUGCUCUCGUGGCCUUUCGGCUCUCUGAUGUGCCGAGUGGUUAUGACAGUGGAUGCCAUCAACCAGUUCACCAGCAUCUUUUGUUUAACUGUGAUGUCAGUGGACCGAUACCUGGCUGUGGUGCAUCCCAUCCGCUCUUCUUGGUGGCGGCGCCCCCACGUGGCCAAGGCUAUCAGUGGCACAGUUUGGGCGGGGUCCUUUGUGGUGGUGCUGCCGGUAGUGGUGUUCGCGGACGUGCUGAAGGAUGAUGGGAACUGCAGCAUCGUGUGGCCUGAACCAGCAGAAGUGUGGAAGACAUCGUUUAUUGUCUACACGUGCACUGUUGGAUUCUUCUGCCCCCUGCUGGUCAUCUGCUUGUGCUACCUGCUGAUCGUCAUCAAGGUAAGAAGUGUUGGAAAACGGGCACAGGCCACAUCCUCCAGACGCAAGAAGUCAGAGCGUAAAAUCACCCGGAUGGUAGUUGUUGUUGUGGUGGUGUUCAUCUUCUGCUGGCUGCCGUUCUAUGUUCUCAACAUUCUCAACCUCCUUGUGGUCCUGCCUGGAGACUUCAGGGGCCUCUACUUCUUUGUUGUUGUCCUUUCAUAUGCCAACAGCUGCGCCAACCCCAUACUCUACGGAUUUCUGUCUGACAACUUCAAGAGAGGCUUCAGGAAGGCGCUGUGCCGCACGUCGCGCAGAGUGAACAGCAACGACAGAAUCGGCAUCGAGGCCCAGAGGCCCACGGAGGAGUGGGGCGGCAUUGUUCUCCAACAGCAAAUAAGUGAGGGAAUCACUCAUGUGCAUGGGAAAGAAAGUAGCAGAAAUGAAGAAGAGGAGGAAAUAGGUGGAAUAGAAGGUGCUAUACAGAUGAGAGAAAUCUGUAAGACAUCACAGAAUGGAAACCAGAACGGAGUAAAAGAGGGCUCAAGGACACAGGUCACGCAGAGGGGUACACGUGACCAGGGUCCAAGCUUAGAUCCUGCUGAGGGAGUGUCCUCUUUGGCCAGUAAGAGAAGUAGGUCACCUGAAGAAUUCCUGGACCAAAACUCUGUGCUUGAUAUCAGCUACCUGUAACAGAAAUUUGCCCAUUUUCAGUGGAUUUGGGUACCUGCUGUAUUACAGCGUCUUUGAAGUUGGUUUUAAUACCAGUUUAUGGUAACAGUCUGGCAUCAUUAAUGCAAGUGUUUUGCCACAAAUUGAAAGGGUAACAACUUAAUCUAACCAUGAGAAACUAUAGCGGCAGAAACAAUGAAACCUGAAAGACACAACAAACACACAAAGAUGCCUGAAUGACCACUGUUUGUAAGUAUCGCUGUUAUUUUGAACCAGACUGUUACUUCUGAAACUUCUUGUGCUGAAAUGGCUAAUGCACUAAAUGAAUCAUGCCCCAGUGGGAAAUGACAUGACUAAUGACCCACUGUGGAAUGAAAAAAUGUCAGCUGUGUUUACUUUUACUGCGUUGGCUUUUGAAAGCAGCCCACAAAGAUAAUUAGCACUGUUUUCAGAAAACACGCCUCUCAGUCAGGCUUGUGUGCAACAUCAUUUUCACCUGAAUUAGUGUACAUGCGUGGAGAUCAACCAAUUACUUUUCUUUUUUAAGGUUAACUAAAACCAUGCUUUAGGUCGCAGCUUAAGAACAAGUGCAAUAAUAAAUAUACUUGCUAGUGACCUAAAUAGACUGUUGUUAAAAAUCUCUACAUUAAUUGUGAUUUUUAUUCAACUUUGAAUGUUUAAUGAGUUUAAUAAGUCGAAGUGCUAUUUUUGUUAAUUUUGUAAAGCUAUAUAUUUAGAGUGCUCAAAAAAAUAAAGGAACACUUUGAAAGCACAUCAGAUCUCAUCUGAUAUGGAAUGUGUAACAUGUUAGGGAUAAAGGAUACCAUAUCACAGUGGUUCCCAAACUUUUUUUGCCA